AUGACCGACGUGCUGUGGUUGAAAGACGCUCGACACGGCGGUGCCUUGCUGGAGCGCUUCCAGCCCGUUCGCCACUUCGCACACGCCUGGGAGCAAUUCUUCCACGACAUUAAUGGGGUGAUGGAAACGGACCUAGAGGAUUCUCUGGAGGAUCUUUCUGAGAAGCUCCCCGAGUUUGACGGCAACUUCGCGGGGUCCGAGAACACACUCAGCGUCGUCCAUCCCGAAGAGAAGCUGGGAGAACCAACUGGAUCCAACGGCGUCACUCCUUCACCUGGUCCUCUUCCGAACGACGAGGAGGGCCAUUUAAAAACCUGCAUCUCCUACUGCCAAGAACACGGUCCCACGGCUCAGUCGCUCAGCGAUGUCGACUGGUACCGGUCGCAGAUCAUCCAACCGCAGCCCCAGCGAAAAUACACGACUGCCUACGAGGAAGAAGAUAGCCGGCCGGACAUCAGAGGCUCUGAAAACAUUAGAACAAGCCUAGCCGACGCACUCAAGACUCCCCUCGCCCCGCGCUGGGACCAACAAGUUCAAGCCGCGCCGUUCGCUCCACCGCCGCCGCAACCCACAACCCAAUUGACAACACCAGAAGAUGAGGAGAGAAUCCUUGAGCAAUUACAUAUCGAGAGAGAAACGGCCGCGCUCAGGCGAAAGGAGCACAUUUCCGAGGUCGUCCGGGUCACCAAGGCCGCGGCCGCGGCCACCGGGGGCGUCCCCCCCGCGGCGGCCGCUUCCGGGAGAGAUCGUCGUCAAGCCCACGUCGCCCCAGCAACGGCAGCUCCGAGGAGGCAGAUGACAGUGAUCACGACGACGAUGAUGCGCCGGCGCCUCCCGGGCCCCAACGUCAACUGCGCCGUCGACGACUCGGGCCAUCUGGGCGUGGCGUGCGAGGUGCGCCUGGCGAGGAAGCGCGCCCGGAUCGCCGAGGAUCCGCGCAAGCACGGCCUGCCGAGCUGUACCUGGCGGAAGAGCAAGACGCGCAGCGCUCCCAAGGACGGGAUCCCAACGGUCAUGCUGACGGAGCCCGAGGGGGAGAGCUGGUACCUGGUGGAUUCUAUGUGCCCUGUAGAUGAGGAGGCGGAGGGAAAGGUAGAUGGGGAAGACUGUUCUGGUGACCCGAACCCAAGAAUCAAGACCUUCAAGAUCGAGCUGAGCAUCAUUUUGCCGGCUCUUUCGAACCAAUUGAGCACAGCUUAUCCAGAAUGA